CUGCCAACCCUCUUGUGUGACAGGGCCAUGAGCAAGGCUGGACAGCCUGGGGCUUCAUACAUGAUCAGUAGCGAAUAUGGUUUCUUGGCCUACUUCUUCGAGGUCCAGGAACAUCCAGGCACAGGCCGGAGGGAAUAUGCGCUGAUAUGUCGGUACGGUACAGACCAACAGCCACAGUUGCACGAAUUUCAGCAUAUUUCUCGAUGCCGACGCUGUCAAUCUAUUUUUUACCAUCAUCUGAUCCACCGUGCGUCGCUGCCUGAUCCUCCUGGGGACACGGCCAGCGGCAUAUCGCACCAGUCGAGAAGAGUCGAAGCGGCCGACUUGCCUAUUUCUGCUUCGCUCACGGCACCCGAAAUCCAGGUCGAUCACCAUUUUCGUGUAGCUAAACGUCUUCCCGAAACGUUGCAACUGGAACUCCCCGAGUCUACCAAGCCUUCCCUGCAGCAUUUUCUCGACAAGCUCUUAGGUCCCAUGCCAUAUUUUCAGAAGUGA